AGCUCGUGUGGCGGCUUACACACUUAGAGAAACAAGAAACAUGGGCGAAGAAUCAAAAAUCGUUCUUGAUACAAUACCAUUUACCCUGCUUAUUGAAGUCAGAUUUUCCCCAAAAGUCGUAAAAUGUUAAAAUCGUAGAGAUAUGUCAAAUUUUUAGUCGCAGCACCAACUGCAGUUACAGUCACUGCGCCAACAGCAAAUGCUGCGAUCGUAUGCACGCAGCACGUAUGUCAUUCUAACUGUAAAGCACUUGGCAACGGUCAGCGGCAGGGGCAGCAACAAGUGGAACGCACAGGAGCAACAUCAUUAGCCGGCACUUGAUUGCAUCAGCUUGGAACAAGCACAAGUUAUAGGCAUUGGAUCUCUGAAAUCGGAUAUCGACAACAACAACCAGAUGCUGCAGAACCAUGGCGGCAAUCACUAGCAAUGUGUCGCGAUUGGAGCCAAUGCGCGGUAUUUCCAUAAUCAUUGAAUCGCCAGAAGUGGCUGCGGCAACACCACCACCACCAGCAGUAGUAGUAGCAAAAGCUGCAACAGCAACAGCAGAAGCAGAAGCAGCCGCAGCAACACAAGUAGCACCAACUGCCAAGACCAGCAGCAACACUGAAAUGUCGCUCAAGUCCCAGGCUGGCAUGUUGCUGGCAUUUGGCGACACAGCAGCAAAAACCAAAGAUAAUUUGGAAACUAGUUACGACACUGCAGCUAAGUCGGCAGCAGCACCGGGCAGCACCACCAAAAUCUAUCCGCAGUUGCUGCUGCGCAUUGGCGGAGAAAUUGCCGGUGCAACAGCAACAACAGCAGCAACAGCAGCAAUAGCAGCAACAGCAACAACAGCAGCAGCAGCAUCAGCAGCAACAUCACCAACCAUAAUCAGCUGCAAUGGUGAAAUUGCCGCCAGUCAGCCAGCAGCAACAGCAGCGGACACAGCAGCAGCAACAUUGCAACACAACAACACGGUAAAGAUUCAAAUCGAAAGCCAGGGUCAGCCGCGAACUCUGGGCAAGCAGAUAAGUGUGGUCAAGCUGAACGAGGGCGUGGAGGAGAUGCAGCAGCACUUGUGCUUUUUGGUGGACACCAGUGGCCAGUAUUCGCCCUGCGAGACAUUGGACAGUGGCACGGGCAGCGAUCUGGAGGGCCACUCACAGCCACCACAGCAGCAUCAGCAGCAGCAGGUGAAGUCACCGCAACUGGAGCUGCAUUUGCAGACCACGCGGCUGAGGGUCAAUGAGGAGGACCGUAAGCACAGACCGCUGGAGACGCCGCCGAGUCCAGUUCCUCAGCGGGCCUACAGCCUCACCGAUGACAGCGAGGAGUGCGAUGAGAGCAGCAACUCCUCCCUGAGCUGCGAUUCCCUGCACUCUGGUGGCCUGCUGCCCACCACCCUGCUCCGGGACAUUCGACUCCGAGAACGAGAGUCCGGUCCUUUGGUCACCAAAAUCGAUGGCAGACCGCUGCAAUUCGAAUCGGAUGGCUAUUAUACCUUUCACGUGCGCGAGCACGAGAAUUUCCGCAGUUUCGGCUCCAAUUCCUCGACGGAGUACGAAGCGCAGCCCUUUGCGGAGGAUCAGCCGGGUGAGGACUUUGCCGGCUAUCGGGACAUCCGGACGGAGGGCAAACUCUCCGCCAAUUCUACGAUUAGAUCCGCCAAGGGAACCGUCAGGGGUGUCAAGAAUCGUGUGCGCAAUGGAGUAGCCACUUUCUUGCAGCUGCAGCAGCCCAAUGUGAAGAACUACAUGGAGAAGGACCUGGGCAAGGUGGUUUUGUACACCACGAGCAUGGGAAUCAUCAGGGACACAUAUGCCAAGUGUGCCAAUGUCAAACAGAUUCUGCGCACACUGCUAAUUAAAUUCGAGGAGAGGGACGUUUUUAUGAGCGUGGAAUACCAGCAGGAGAUUCGUGAAAGGAUGCACGACGAGACCAUCCGUGUGCCACAGCUCUUCGUCGAGGGUCAGCACAUUGGGGAUGCCGAGAUCGUGGAGCGGCUGAAUGAAAGUGGCGAGCUACGACAGCUGUUGAAACCGUACAAAUCGAUUGCCACUGCGUAUACGUGCCAGACGUGCGGCGGAUAUCGCCUGCUGCCGUGCCCCUCGUGCAGCGGAUCCAAGAAGUCCGUACACCGCAACCACUUUACGGCGGAGUUCGUGGCCUUAAAGUGCAUGAACUGCGAUGAAGUUGGGCUGGUAAAAUGCCCGAAUUGCUAAGGAAAACACUAACACGUUUUUUAUCUAUAAUGCUUUUUUUUGUAUCUAUAUUGAAGAGAUUUUUUUUUUGCGCAACUUUUGUAGUCGCUUAUUAUUAACAGUUGUGAUAUUUGAGAGCAGUUUGAGCCGGUGAUGAGCAGCCGUAACAAGUGCGAAACGAAAAGGAACGGAACCGAAACGACACACACACACUCACACAAAGAAUACUACAUAUUCAUAUGUGAAUCGAUGAAAUAUCGAACAAAUAAAAAAGAAUUAGAAUUUAUGAUUU